AGGAUAGAGAAAAAUUUUCUCGCAAAAGAAAAAUUGACAAAUAAAUUUUUUUACAAUUAUCAAGUAUUCAAUAUUUUCCGUGAACUCAAAAACAUUCAAAUGGGAAACAACCAAAGUCAAUUUUCGGAAGAAGAAUUGCGGGACUAUGAGGAUUUAACAUAUUUCACAAAAAAAGAAAUUUUAUUAGCGCACAAACGAUUCAAAUCAAUAAGUCCUGAAAAAGUCAACCAUAAUAAAAAUGCAAAACUAUCGAUGAACAAAAUGAUAAACGGAAUAGCAGAACUUGCUUGUAAUCCUUUUGCUGAUAGAAUUUGCCAAGUUUUCAGUAGUGCUGGAGAUAAUACAGGGGAUUGUACUUUCGAAGACUAUUUAGAUAUGAUGAGCGUUUUUAGUGAUCAAGCACCAAAGUCAGUAAAAUCCGAACAUGCCUUUAGAAUAUUUGACUUUGAUGGUGAUGAUAUGUUGAGCAAAAACGAUUUGAAACAAGUUAUUCAACGACUUAUUGGCUUUAAUAACUCAUUUACUGACCUUGAUAUGGAUCAGCUGAUCCAAAAUAUUCUCGAGGAAGCUGAUUUAGAUGAUGAUGGUUCACUUAGCUUUGCUGAAUUUGAACAUGUCAUUGAUAAGAGCUCAGAUUUUACGAAUUCCUUUCGGAUUCGAUUAUAAACCAAAGACUUAGAUAGACGCACCUCCUGCAACCCUCUAAACUUCCUUUCUAAACUAUUUAAUGGUUCUGACGAAAUCACAUUUCUCUGACAUCUUGGAUCUAACCUUCUUCGAAUCUGCCACACAGUGGAUUUAUUAAAUAUUUAAAUUAUUGUCGCAUGUAAAUUGCUUGCUGCUCGUAUAAAUGUUGAAUCUUUUUAAAUACACGAUCUUAGAUGUAAGCAAAGAAAUCUAAAUAAAUUACAUUUUUAGUAGGUAUUUAAGUUAGAAAAGUUUAUUUCAAUUUUUCGUAAAAAAGUUUAUAAAGAUACAUUUAAGAAUUUUUAACGAACUUAAAAAUUUCAAAUAUCGUCAACCGAUUAUCGCCCAAACAUUUACCGAUUCAGAAUCAAAACAAUAAGAAAAAUCGCAGUAAAAUAAACUUUCUUCAAAAUCUUUUUCAAUUAUUGCGUAAAAAAUGGGUGGAUGGCAAUUAGAAGUGGGCAAAAUGGCUAUUUAUAUGGCAUUCCCAGUGGGAAUGUUCCACUAUUUCAACCAACCACAAUAUUUCGAGAAAUGGGUGACAGAAACAAAGCGUAAACUUUAUCCCCGUGAAGAAUUAAGUCACAGAAAAGAAAUCGAGGGAGUUAUCAGAGAUGAACGCGUCAAAUAUAACAAAGCAAUGCUGGAAGAACUGAAAACAGAAAGAAAUUGAAUGCAUUUCAGAGAAUAUCUGUAGAACUUAAGAAUUUAAAAUGAUUUGUUAGCGUUGAGUGUGUAAAUAAAUUGAUGUGAUGAAGGCGUCUCUGGAUUAAUAGUAAAUUUGUUUUUCUUUUAUUGUUUUUAAUCAAAUUCUGUUUGCUACUAAUAAUCUCUAUUCACAUUAACAAAACAAACAAAAUUAAAUGUCAUUCGAGAGAGUCUACGACAGUUGAAGAUGAAAAAUUAAAGGAUUAGAUAAUUG